CCCCGAGUGUGCCCGUCGUGGGCCCUGCCACAGUCCAGCACCGUCCUUCCCUCACAGCUUCCCCGCGGGCCAGGACCGAGGCUGCCAGCGCCUGCACCGCCUCCCUGGCCCGGGGCAUGGCCAGUGGCUGAGCCUGCCUGUGGAGUGGCCUUGCUUGACCCCAGCAUGGCCCAGUGGCAGGAGCUGCAGAGCUUGGCCAACACCUCCCUGGAGCAAGUCCACCAGCUCUACAGCAGCGUGGCGCUGCCCAUGGAGGUGCGCCAGUGCCUGGCAGACUGGAUCGAGGACCAGAACUGGCGCCAGGCGGCCGAGCCGCACUCCUCCCAUGCCCAGAUGCUCUUCCACUCCUUGCUGGCGCUGCUGGGUGACCACCUGGGCAGCCCGGGACUGGGCGACGAGGACUUCAUGCUCAAGCACAACCUGCGCAAGGCCAGGCGCGACCUCCAGGCUGCCUUCGAGGAGUGCCCGGAGAAAUUUGCCAACCUGGUGGCCAACCUGCUGCAGGAAGAGCAGCAGAUCCUGCGUCUGGCGCAGGCAGGGCAGCAGGGAGGGGUGGCCCCAGCGCCCAGCACGCCCCAGCAGAGCGACCGGCAGCAGGAGAUCCAGCGCCGGCUGGCCGACUUCCAGGCGGCCCUGCAGGACGCUGAUCGUGCCUUCCGCCACCUGGAAGAUGCGCAGGACAUGUUUGAUUUCUGCUACAAGGUGCACUAUCUUCCGGGUGAGAACAGGACCAAUGAUCCCGAGUACAUCAGGCAGAUGCAAGGCCUGCAGGCCAAGCUGCAGAAGCUGGAUCGGAGCCGGAAAGACGUGCUGGCUCAAAUGCAGCAGCUGCUGGGGCGCAGCGAGACCCUGCAGGACUUCCUGCAGCAGGAGCUGGGGGCCUGGCGGGAGCGGCAGCAGAGUGCCUGCCUGGGGGCCCACGUUGACACCAGCCUGCUCCAGCUGGAGACCUGGUUCACAGCGCUGGGCGAGGGGCUCUUCCAGCUGCUGCAGCUGCUGCGGGCGUUGGGGGACCUGCGGCACAAGGUGACUUAUGAGAGGGACCCGCUGCAGGCGGAGCUGCCGCUCCUGGAGACGCGGCUGCGGGAACUGCUCACCUACCUGCUCCAGAAUGCCUUCGUGGUGGAGCUCCAGCCCAGCAUGCCCACCUCCAGCAAGCGCCCGCUGGUGCUGCGCACAGCCAGCAAGUUCUCCGUGCGCGCCCGCCUCCUCGUCCGCCUGCACGACCGCAGCCGCCGCUUGGAAGCCAAGAUCCACAUCGACAGGAAGCCCCCCGAGAUCCGAGGUUUCCGCAAGUUCAACAUCCUGACGUCAAACAGCAAAACCCUUGUGGCGGGCGACAGCCCCCAGGACGGGCUGGUCUGCGACUUCCAGCACCUGACGCUGAAGGAACAGAAGGUCGGCGGGUCAGGCAAGGGCAGCAAAAGCCCUGGCGAGGGUCCCCUCGCUGUCACGGAGGAGCUGCAUCUCAUCACCUUCACGCUGGCCUACGCCUACCGCGGGCUGGAGCUGGAGCUGGAGACCUCCACACUGCCUGUCAUCAUCAUCUCCAACAACAACCAGCUCUCCAGCGCCUGGGCCUCCAUCCUCUGGUUCAACAUGCUCAGCACCGACCCCAAGAACCAGCAGUUCUUCGUGGCGCCCCCGUCGGCGCCCUGGCCCCGGCUGGCCGAGGUGCUGAGCUGGCAGUUUGAGAGCGUGGCCGAGCGGGGCCUCAGCAAGGAGCACCUCCACAUGCUGGCCGAGAAGCUCUUCGGCUCAAAACCGUCCCCGGAGAGCACCCUGGCCUGGCCCAAGUUCUCCAAGGUGAGCAGCGCCUGGCAGCGCUGGCACCUGCGCAGCCCAGCCCCGCGGCUCCUGCUCACGCACUCUCUCCCGCAGGACAGCACCUCCGGCUUCUCCUUCUGGGCCUGGCUGGACGGGAUCCUGGGGCUGCUCCAGGAGCAUCUCAAGCAGCUCUGGAAGGACGGGCUCAUCCUGGGCUUUGUGAGCCGGAAGCAAGAGAAGAAGCUGCUGAAGGGGAAGCGGACGGGGACAUUUCUGAUCCGCUUCAGUGAGAGCACCCUUGGCGGGGUCACCUGCACCUGGGUGGAGCAUCCCGAGAGCGGGUCCCCCGCUUUCCGGGCUGUGGUUCCUUACACUGCAUCUGAGCUGGCUUCCCUGGCGUUGCCCGACAUCAUCCACGACUACCAGCUGCUGGCGGAGGAGAACAUCCCUGAGAACCCGCUCCAGUUCCUGUACCCAGACAGGGCCCGUGACGAGGCCUUUGGGCCAUACUACAGCCAGCGGCAGGCAGGGAGCCUGAUGGAGAAGAAGGAAUACUUGAACCAGCGCCUCAUCCGCGUGUCCUCCAGGCAGGCAAAUGAGUCACGUCAGGCAGAUGAAGAGCUGGUGGCUGCCACACAGGACCUGCAGACGCUGCAGCUGCAGCCCAGUGGCCCGGGGCCACUGCAGCCGAUGCCCUGCAGCCCAGGGACACUGCAGCUAGUGCCUGGAGGCCCGGAGCCACCACUGGCGCUGCAGGUGGGAUCGGGGGUCCCGGAGCUGCUGCAGCCAGGGCCUGGGGCCGUGGAGCCGCAGCUGGUGCUGCAGCUGGUCCCCGAAGGCCAGGGGAUGCUGCAGGUGGGACCCAGAAGCCUGGGGACACUGCAGAUGCUGCCCAGGAGCCUGGAGAUGCUGCAGCCAGUUCCAGGAGUCCAGGAGAUGCAGCAAGUAGGACCAGGGGACCAAGGGACGCUGCAGGCAGAGCCUGGGGCUGUGGAGCCACAGCUGGUGCUGCAGCUGGUCCCUGAAGGCCAGGGGAUGCUGCAGGUGGGACCCAGCAGCUUGGGGACGCUGCAGGUGCUGCCCAGGAGCCUGGAGAUGCUGCAGCCGGUUCCGGGGGUCCAGGGGAUGCAGCAAGUAGGACCAGGGGACCAAGGGACACUGCAGCUGGGACCUGGGACCCUGGAGCCCUCGGUGGCCUUGCAGCUGAUCCCUGAGGGCCAGGGGACGGUGCAGGUGGGACCCGGCAGCUUAGAGCCACUGCAGCCACUGCUGGAGAGCCUGGAGGCACUGGAGCCGGUGACGGAGGAGCUGGACAUGCAGGAGUUCUUGCAGUCGCUGUCAGAGGAGCCAGAGCCCGGCUCAGGGGUGCUGGAGACGCUGCAGGCGGCGGAGCUGAUGCCCAGCACACUGGAGGCUGGGGACAGCAGGCUGGAGAGGCUCAGCCCCAGGCCGGCCCGUGAGUGUCAACAGCCCUGGGGGGGCACAGCUGGGCCCCUGCUCGGCCUGACCCGCUGCGUCCCGCAGGCAGCGCCGCACUCCUGGACCACUGCGACCCGUUCCUGCCCCAGGCCGACGACGCAGCCCUGCCCGCCAUGAACUCCCUCUUCGCCGAGGCCACCGACUUCCCCCCACUCCACAUCGACCCCAACGAUUUCCAGUAAUCCCCUGCCUCCUCCCAGUGUAAAUAAACCUUUUCUGCUCCA